UUCACGGACAAUUUUUUUUUUGAAAACAAAAAUACUUGUAAACAAAUCCAUUUUUUUUUCUUAACAAAAAAAAGAGGUAAUUAUGGGUCUUCCUAUGUACGUUUCGCCAUCUAUAUCAAAGAGACAGCUUCCGUCAAAACAACCGACGUCACCGCCGUAUACACCUCAAGCCGAAGAGAGCUUUGACGAAACUUUUCAAAAUGCUAGAACAAGCGUUUUUGAUAUACCAGAAUCUCAAACAGAAUCAACACAAAGAAGUCAAAGGUCAAGAAGGUCAUCUUCAUUACCUUAUACCUUAGUUCAACAACAUAUACAUAGACUUCAUCAACUUCAUCAACUUCAUCGUACAAGAGAACAACAACAUAUUUCAACAAAUUUGGCCUCAAGGCGUGGAUUAAAUUCUGCUCACCAUUUAAGUCUUAAUCAUCGUACACAGAUACAACAAUUACAACAAAUGCAAGCUGCUGCACAAGCAAGACGUGAAAGUAAUUUUGAUAAUUCUAGGAAUUUUAGGGAAGAAAGAUCAGAUGAUUCUCAUGAUGAAAUGCUUGAUUUAUCUUUUGAUGAUAUCGUUUCUUCAUUAGAUAAUAAUAAUUAUAAUUUUGGUGACAUUCAAAGGAAUAAUGAUGAUAAUAAUAAUAAUACUAAUAGUAGUAAUAGUAGUAGUAGUAAUAAUAAUAGUAGUAGUAAUAAUAAUAAUAAUAUUAAUAAUAAUAUUAAUAAUAAUAAUAAUAAUGACAAUAAUAGUAAUAACUCACAUCAUCAUCAUCGUUCUUCAAGUUCUUCAAGUUCUCCAAAUGUUGCGUUAGAUAAUGUUAUAAGGAGAGUAAAUUUAUUAAGACAAAUUUCUCAACAACAAGAAAUGAGAAGUAUGAGGUCUUCAUCUAGACAUCAUAGAUCAUCAACAGGACAUUCUUCUGGAAGAUCAUCAAGAAUGACUUCACAAAAUACAAAUGUAGAUCGAAGAAGGGAUGAUUUAAUUCAACGUGGAAUUGAUAUGCCCUCAUCACGUCAUCAUCAAAUCCCUGAUUCAAAUUUAUUAUAUGAACAUAGUGUACCAUUUCCUCCCAUGCAAAGACUUUCAGCAUGGCAUACUCGUAGGGGAGUUAAUUGGUCAGCUGUUGAUCCACCUCCCGUUCAGAGAACGGAACGAAGAUCAUCAUUCACUGACGAUUUUUAUUCAGAAAUUCCUCAUCAAUAUGAUUCAGAUGACCAUCAUCUUUCUCGUAUAAUAUCACCAAUACCUAGGAGGUAUGAUUCUAGAUUUCCUGCUACUUUAUCAUCUUUACCUAUUGGAAAUGAUCAUGGAUUAUUAUUAGAAUCUGAUAAUAAUAAUAAUAAUAGUAAUAAUAGGACAAGUAACAAUGAUUCAAUCGGGACAGAACCAAGAGGUUCAGCAUCAGGAGAAGUUUGUUAGUUUAAUUAUAAAUGUUUGACCGAUUUUCAAAACUCACAAGAUUUAUAAUAACAAAUAUGCAAAGUCAUUUAUUUCUUGACACAAAAAAUUUACAUUUUUUAUAAUAUAUUUUACACUGAUAUAAUAUAAAUAAUCAAAUAAUUCAUUUUUAUCCUUUAUGAUGUUAUAAAGGAUAAAAAUAACAAAAAUUGGUGGGAUGGAUGGGGUCAUAUUAAAAUUUAUCAAACUGUAUUAAAAUUGUACAACAAUUCGUAAAAAAAACCAAAAAAAUCAUUCUCAUUUAUUUUUUCCUCAAUUGUAUUUUUCUUUCGAAAUUUUUUUUUUCUUCAAGUUAGCUUUAUUAAUAAUA